ACUCGAUUAUUCGUGUGAAGACUGUCCUUGUUUUAAUACCAACCCUCCUUGUUCGACAGAUUAUUUUUCAUGCAGUGGGUACUCGUCUGCGACAUUUGAGCGCUGCUUGCGUGCGUUGCGAUGGAAAGAAAUAAAGAAAUCCUCAUCGUAUUUCUCGUUUUUAUUGCCGAUUACGUUCAGGGCGACGUUUAUUACAAUUUCGUUAAUCCCUGCAUCACGCUUUGCGACAAAACUCCCCUGUCAUUUAGCGACACAAAUCAUGCCAAAUCUUGCUGUCAACGAGGUUGUACUUUCUUCAAUCUAGUCGAUGUUCGUCAUGGCUUGGAACCUGAAAGUUUAAAUGGAACAAGAGAUGCCUGCGAAGCUUCAUGCAUCGAGGCAUAUUCUACUCCUCAAGAUCGCUAUGCCUGUAAUACAGGCUGCGAGUUUAUGGCCAAGGAACGAGUAUCUCAACUCGUGUCUCUUUUUUCUGUCGCUAUUUACGUCGAGGAAGGACCCGAUUCUAGUAUCCUUCUGAUGUCUCCUGACAUGCCCGAAAACGAUAUUCUCACCGAUCCCGGACUUAGGAAAGAGCUUUUGCCUGGCUGGUGGGAUUCCGAGGGAUUCAAAUUACCGCAAACUUACAUCAAAACAGUCCCCAUCGAUUCCGGGGCUUUGGAUUAUGGCAUUCCUUCUGAUUACUCUGGUGAAACUGAGCAAUCAGCAUCAAUCCCAGGUUCCGAUUGGCUGCAGUGUGCUUCACGACAUACAGGGAUGCCACAGUGGGUUUUAGCUGCAUCGAUGAUAGCUGCUGCGCUGUCUGCUCUCUGGCUUUGUUUGUCCGCUGACAAAUCGAGCGACCUGCAGUCUGAAGAAUUGAUUAGUGAAAAGUCAAGCCCUUCCAAUAAGUUGACAAUACUUAUAUUGGAUGAGGCACCUUUAAAUAAGAUUCCACCGCCCAAGUACAGCGAGAUUGAUAUGAAUGUUGAAAAUAUAUGAACCAGGCUUUGAAUAAGAAAGCAUGAAUUUAUUCGCAAAUUAGGAUACUUCAUUUGUUAUUAACACGAAGUCAGCGUGUUAAUUUAUUUCAAUGUUUGAAAACAAUGUAAUCUAUAUAAAAAGAAGACAAAGAUUAACGUUUGAUGAAGAUUGUGGUAAGCUACAGUUUACUCAAUGAUAAUAUUAUGCUAUUUGGGUGUUUUUCUUAGGAUAAGAAAAAAAAUUUGAAUGAUUAUUACAUUUGUUCCUGCUCAGGUACGUUAUUCUUCAUAUGUAUUACAUAUUUGUCUUAUCUUGACGGAAGUCAUGUCAUUAUCUGAAAUAGGAACAUUACAAAUCAAACCGAGUAGUUGAAGAAAAGUGCAGAAUGAACUUUUCAAUCAUUCGACCAAAAUAUGUAAAAAUUUCAAUUUAUAAUAUAGAAGAAAAGCUUCCAUCUAAUUCGUGCAAAAAGCUUUUUAAAUUGUACAUUAUCAGACGUUGCAUUAUUAUUAGUAAUCUCUGGUAUGCAAAAAAUUCACUUUGUUGUAAUUUAGAGUACUGAAAGUCGCUCGUUGCCUCAGAUGUUGUUACUUGUCCAUAGAAAAAAAGUUACUUGAACUGUGUUGAAGUUUUGGAAUUCAGAUUAGAAAAGAAGAUUGUUUAAUUUGAUAGUGAUGCCCAAUUCAUGAUAAUUUUCCCUUUAUUGAACGUAUGAAUUAAUUCGCGUAAAUGAAAGUCUCGAAAGUACUGGUAUAUAGAAUUAAGGUUCAAGAACAAUUGAAACGUAUUUCGCUUGUGCAGGAUAACGUUGGAAUUGAACGUUUAAUUUUAAAGCAGAAAGAUGUAUAUUGAAACUGAAAUUCAUACUUGUCCUAUAUAACUGUGAUUCAGAUUCCAAAGAUGCACCGUCGUAUGUUUUCUGUGCAUGUGCAGUAUCGAUGCUCGACCAAUUCGAAGUUUGAAUUUUCAAUAUUUUAUAACCAAUUACCUACCUAUAUUAGCUUGCUCAAAUUAGGUUUGUGUUAUAUUCCUACUUAUUGCAUACCUAUAAUAUGCAUACAUAUGUAGAAAUUGUGAAUCCAUGAUUCUUAAUUACACUUGAUGUACUCAAACAAGAGUUUGUGAAAACUCAAGCAUUAAACUUUGAAAGUAAAAUCAAAUACCCAUACCAAUCUAAGUUACCAAACAAUCAAUAAUCCACGCACGGUACAACGAAGAUCACCACCUGAAAUCUAAUCAAACCUGAGUAAUGAAUUAUGUAAUGGCAAAAUGUGGAUUUAUCAGAAAUUUUUAGGCCAGUUGCCAAAUACUUUUGAGGUAUGCUGAGCAUAUUUGCACACGAAUACAUAUGUAUAAGUAUUUAAAUAUGUAUAUUAUUAAAUACUCUUAAGUCGAGAAUAAUUUU